CUCUGCCCGCGCGGACGCUCCCUGCCACGUGACCCCGCCGCGCGGCGGCCCCUCUAGCCUGCCGGCGGCGCGGCUCUAUGGUAGGAGGAGGUCUGCGGCGCGCGAAGGGGACGGCGGCGGCGGGUCGGUGAAGAUGGCGGCCGCGGUGAGGCAGGACCUGGCGCAGCUGAUGAACUCCAGCGGCUCUCACAAGGACCUGGCGGGCAAGCUUCCGCGCGGGGCCUUACCCCUUCGCCGUUGCUCCCUCGUGUCUGCCCGCCGCCCCUCAGAGUUCGGCUGCCCUGCCCUUCGUCUGCGUGAAAUUGAUAGAUACCGUCAAAUAUUGGAAAAAGCCAUUCAGCUGUCGGGUGUAGAACAACUUGAAGCUUUGAAAGCUUUUGUAGAAGCAAUGGUGAACGAGAAUGUCAGUCUAGUGAUCUCGCGUCAGCUACUGACAGAUUUCUGUACCCAUCUUCCAAGUCUUCCUGACAGCACGGCCAAAGAAAUUUACCACUUCACCUUGGAAAAGAUACAGCCUAGAGUAAUUUCAUUUGAAGAGCAGGUCGCUUCAAUAAGGCAACAUCUUGCAUCAAUCUAUGAGAAAGAAGAAGACUGGAGAAAUGCAGCGCAAGUAUUGGUGGGGAUCCCUUUGGAAACAGGGCAAAAACAAUACAAUGUAGAUUAUAAACUGGAGACCUACCUGAAAAUUGCCAGGCUGUAUCUGGAGGAUGAUGACCCAGUUCAAGCAGAAGCUUAUAUUAAUCGAGCUUCCCUGCUUCAGAAUGAAUCAACUAAUGAACAGCUGCAAAUCCAUUAUAAGGUUUGCUAUGCUCGAGUCCUUGAUUACAGAAGAAAGUUCAUUGAGGCUGCCCAAAGAUACAAUGAGCUCUCCUAUAAGAGCAUAGUACAUGAAACAGAGCGACUGGAGGCAUUGAAGCAUGCUUUGCAUUGUACUAUUUUGGCAUCAGCAGGACAGCAGCGUUCUCGCAUGCUUGCUACACUCUUCAAGGAUGAGAGAUGCCAGCAGCUUGCAGCCUAUGGGAUCUUGGAGAAAAUGUAUCUUGACAGAAUUAUCCGUGGAAAUCAACUGCAAGAGUUUGCAGCUAUGCUAAUGCCUCACCAGAAAGCAACUACAGCUGAUGGCUCCAGUAUCCUGGACAGAGCUGUUAUUGAACACAACUUACUAUCUGCGAGCAAACUUUACAACAACAUUACUUUUGAAGAGCUUGGAGCAUUGCUAGAGAUCCCUGCAGCUAAGGCAGAAAAGAUAGCUUCUCAGAUGAUAACCGAGGGUCGCAUGAAUGGAUUCAUUGAUCAGAUUGACGGAAUUGUUCAUUUUGAGACCCGUGAAGCUUUGCCAACUUGGGACAAGCAGAUUCAGUCACUGUGUUUCCAGGUUAACAACCUGCUGGAGAAGAUAAGUCAGACAGCCCCAGAAUGGACAGCGCAGGCAAUGGAGGCCCAGAUGGCUCAGUGACUGUGCAGCCAUUGUCUGAAUGGAGGCAAUCGACUGCCUGCUGUGCUGGAAGAAGGGAACUGAGUAGGACUGUGAACCAAAGGAAUAACCCACCUUCAUUUCCGCACCUUCUGCUUUCAGUCUGGCUUAGGAGACAAUUAAGUGAUACCGUGUUUGGUGUGACAGUCCCUCAGUUCUCUGAGCAUAGAAUGAUGCUGUUGCUGCCUCUGCAUUGCACUCUGCUGUCUGAAAGCUGUGGUUUCCACGUAGAAGAAGCUGUAAGGUCUGCGGCAAGCUUUGGUUUUGGUUUAUUUAAUUUUAUUUUUUUUCCCCUGCAUUGCUAUAGCUUUGUAGCCCAUUAUGUCCUAUGAUGCUUGUCCUGCUGUGAAAAUACAAGUGCCAUGUUUCUUUUAGUUGUAAUUAUUCUAAUAAAGGCUGGAAUGAGCGACUUGGUUUAAGUGUUG